CGGGACGAGGCGGAAGUGCGCGGCGGGGCGGCGGCGGCGGGGAGCGGGCGGCAUGGCGGCCGCCCAGCAGGCGCGGGCCGGAGCGGACGCGGCGGUGCGGGCCUGAGCCCCCCCCCCCCCCCCCCCCACCUCCAUGGGGAAGUACUGCGCCAGCCUGGGCGUCCUCAAGGGGCCCUGGGACCAGGUCUUCGCCGCUUUUUGGCAGCGCUACCCCAACCCCUACAGCAAACACGUCCUGACCGAAGACAUCGUGCACCGGGAGGUGACGGCGGACCACAAGCUGCUCUCCCGGCGGCUCCUGACCAAGACCAACCGGAUGCCCCGCUGGGCCGAGCGCUUCUUCCCGGCCAAUGUCGCCCACUCCGUCUACAUCCUGGAGGACUCUAUCGUGGACCCCAAGAACCGAACCAUGACCACGUUCACCUGGAACAUCAACCACGCGCGCCUCAUGGUGGUGGAGGAGCGCUGCGUGUACCGGGUGAACCCGGAGAACAGCAACUGGACCGAGGUCAAGCGGGAAGCCUGGGUCUCUUCCAGCCUGUUCGGCGUCUCGCGAGCCGUCCAGGAGUUUGGUCUGGCCAGGUUCAAAAGCAACGUGACCAAGAGCACUAAGGGAUUUGAAUAUGUGCUAGCGAGAAUGCAAGGAGAAGCUCCAUCCAAAACACUGGUGGAGACAGCCAAGGAAGCAACUGAGAAAGCCAAGGAGACAGCUCUGGCUGCUACGGAGAAAGCCAAGGACUUGGCAAGCAAGGCAGCCACCAAGAAGAAGCAGUAUGUGUGAAGAGCCAGGCACAGGUGGGCCCCAGCUGCACCAGAACAGAUAGGAGCCUCCUUAGAUUUUAUAUUUUUAAACUGUACAAGUCUGACAAUCAGCUGCUGUUAGACCCUUUCUGAGAUGUAAUUAUCAUUAAAAAACUUACUCCCACCUCUGA